UAGAAAACUCCGCGUUUGUGUUGAACGACCACAACAACAGCACGCUUCUCAGUAAAAAUGGCGUCAGUCAUGAAUAGGAUAGGGACUAUCGAAUCCGACGAAGAUGUUGAAAUCUGUGAAGACAGCGAUGAUGGAAUGAAAGAAGAGGUCACAAGUAAAAAGAAAAAGAAGUUGAAGUUGAAAAAUACUGGAAUGUUCUGUGAUGAUUUUCUUUUUGAAUCGGAUUCUCUUCAUGAUGAUAACCACUGGAAAAUUGACAAACAUGUACAGAAGUCAGCGAGGGGUCAGAAAUCGACAUUCAGUCUUGAAGAUAGAAUAGAAAUGAAACGGAAUAAUAAACAGGUUGUAGAGGCAGAAUCUGAAACAGUACAUGGCAAGGAUGAAUCAAUCCAGUCUCAAUCGAAUGAUUUGGAAUAUUUAUUGGCUGCAAGAGAGAAUGAGCAAACGAGCAGCGAAGAUGAGUGCUCGUCUGACGAUCCAGACAAGAUAAUGGAUGAGAGCAAUUUUUUUGAACACCCAGAACCACAGGUGUUACAAGCCAAUUUUUCCAAGCUUAAUCUUUCAAGACCUUUGCUACGGGCUGUUAAUGAGCUUGGCUUCCAGCGCCCUACACCAAUUCAGUGCUCUACUAUUCCGGUUGCUCUGCUUGGGAAAGACAUUUGUGCCUGUGCAGCGACUGGAACUGGCAAGACAGCUUCCUACAUUCUCCCAAUCCUCGAAAGACUUCUUUUCAGACCAAAACAGGUUCCAACUUCCAGAGUUUUAAUUCUUCUACCAACCAGAGAACUGGCAGUGCAGGUAUAUACAGUUUGCAAGUCAAUAGCGAAGUAUUUAGAUGUGCAAAUUUGCUUAGCAUCAGGCGGUAUGAAGAUGAAGGACCAGGAAGCGGAGCUUAGAAGAAAUCCAGAUAUUAUUGUUGCCACGCCAGGACGACUUGUAGAUCAUUUGCAAAACACACCUUCGUUUGGUUUGCAAAAUAUUGAGAUUCUUGUUGUUGAUGAAGCAGACAGAAUGCUGGAAGAACACUUUGAGGAUCAAAUGAAAGAGAUAAUCAAACAGUGUCAGAAAGGAAGACAAACUAUGUUGUUUUCUGCAACAAUGACUGACCAGGUUGAAGAACUGGUGUCUUUAUCGCUUAACCGCCCAGUUCGCGUCUUUGUCGACCAAAACACGGAUGUUGCUUCCUGUUUACAGCAAGAGUUUGUCCGGAUACGUCCAACAAGAGAAGGGGAUCGUUUGGCUAUCGCAACUGCACUUUGCUGUCGCACGUUCAAUGAACACUGCCUCGUGUUUUGUCAGACAAAGAAAUUGGCCCAUAAUUUAAGAAUUAUUCUUGGUAUGUUCGGAUUGAAAGUCGGAGAGUUACAUGGAGAUCUUAAUCAACUUCAGCGCCUAGAGGCAUUGGAGAAUUUCAAAGAUUCUAAGGUUGAUGUAUUAGUUGCAACAGAUCUUGCUGCAAGAGGACUGGAUAUCCCUGGUGUGAAGACUGUAAUAAGUUUUAAUAUGCCCACAUCGUUUAAAAGCUACAUUCAUCGCGUUGGCAGAACGGCGCGAGCUGGAAAAUUUGGAAGGUCAAUAACAUUAGUUGGGGAGAAAGAAAGGAAGAAUCUCAAGUUUGCAAUAAAGAAUUCCGCGGUGGCUGUCAAGCACCGAAUCAUUCCACCAGAUAUCAUUGAGUCAUUCAAGAAAAAGAUACAGGAUGUUCAAAAAGAUGUAGCUGAUAUCUUAAAGGAUGAGGCAGAAGAAAAAGAGCUACGUAUGUCAGAGAUGGAAGCAAACAAAGCAAAGAACAUGAUUAUUCACCAUGAAGAAAUUAUGAGCCGUCCCCCAAAAUCUUGGAUCAAAAGAGGUCCAGCAUCUGGUUCUAAGGAAAAGGUUCCAAAAGAAAAGAAGCUGUCGGCAAAGGAAAUUCAAUCUCUAAAGGAACAAGAAUAUUUGAAAAGAGCAACAAAGAGAAGCAAUAAAUCGAAAAGACUUCGCGCCUGCAUAGAAAACAACCCUGUCACCUUAAGCGAAAGACCAAACCACAAAAAGAAAAAGACCGAAGAAAGAGCAAAAAAGCAGGGUUUCGAAAAAGAGUUGACAGAUUCAAGUUUAAAAUCACUUAAGGAGUUCCGAACCCGGUCUGCUGUUAAAGCGAAGAAGAAGAGUGGACAGUUCAAAUCAAAAAAGAAGUUUAAGCGAAGAUAAAAAGAUCUUGUGAACGAAAAUGGCUGCUUUGUGAUAUCUUUUGUAACACAGAACUAGGCUGGUAUAUAUGGUGGAGCUGUGACAAGAAUGUCUAGGGAAGAAGUGCAUUUUAGUUUAUCACGUAAUAAAUGGAUAUAAAAUUUUUGUUUUUAA